AUGUCACCCGCUUAUGCAUUUUCCGAAAUUCCAACCAUUGACCUGUCUCUAACGGAGUCUCCCGCUACAAAACCAGAACUUCUCGAGCAGCUACAUCAUGCACUUGUUUCUGUUGGGUUUCUAUACGUGUCCAACCACGGUGUUCCAAAUGAGACCAUUGCCAACCUUGUUGAUGUGCUGCCACACUUUUUCAGCUUACCUGACUGGGCGAAGGAGGAAAUCGCGCUGCAUAAUUCUCCCCAUUUUCUAGGAUAUAGCAGCGUUGGCGCAGAGACAACUGGGGGGAAAGCAGAUAGAAGAGAGCAGGUUGAGUUUGCAACUGAAUUGAAUACAACAUAUGCACCUGGAAGACACCUAUACGAAAAAUUGAGAGGCCCAAACCAGUGGCCAUCCCAACUCCCGGACCUCAAACCAAUUGUUCAAUCCUACAUCACGGAACUCACAUCGCUCGGCGAGCGCUUUCUCCGCCUUGUAGCGGAAGCCCUUUCCCUCCCUCCAUCAACAUUUAUCCCUUUCCUCUCGGACCAACACCGCCUGAAGCUCGUUCAUUACCCCGGCACCACUCCCUCCAACCCAGCCGAUAACCUCGAAGGAACGCAAGGUGUUGGCCCCCACAAAGACUCCUCGGGUCGGUGGACGUUUCUCCUUCAAGCUUCCCCACCCUCCGUAAAAGGUUUACAGGUUCUCAACAAAGCCGGAAACUGGAUUGACGUUCCUUGUGUUCCUGGCACAUUUGUGGUUAAUAUCGGCCAGGCAUUCGAGGUCGUGACUAAUGACGUCUGCAAAGCCACCAUGCAUCGUGUGCUCAUGGAUCCUGGGUCUGGUGAACGAUUCAGUGUACCAUUUUCCCAGGGGGUUAGGCGCUGUUUAACUAAAGAGGCCGUAGGGACGUUGAGGGAUGAAUUUCAGAGGACUGUGGCGAUUGGUGGCGAGUCUGAAGAAGGAAUGAGGAUUGAUUCGCCGUUUUUGGGAGGGAAGUAUGAUACGUGGGGUGAAUCGCAGCUGAGAACAAAGGUGAGGAGCCACAGGGACGUGGGCAAGAAGUUUUACGCCAAGGUUUAUGAAGCGUAUGUGAAUGAUGAUUGA